AACCGAACAUGGAGCAUGUUUAUUAAAAAAAACGGGGAAUUCCAAAGAUCUCAACCACUAGCCAUGCGUGUUUUAAUGGUUUUGGUAGGCAUUAUUGCCGCUGCAAGUGCCGUUUCAUUUGUUGACAUCGUUAAAGAAGAAUGGCAAACUUUUAAGCUUUCACAUUCCAAAAAAUACAAGAGUGAUGUAGAAGAAAAAUUCCGCAUGAAGAUCUUUAUGGAAAAUAAACAUAAGAUUGCCAAGCACAAUCAGAAAUACGCACAAGGUUUGGUCAGUUACAAAUUGGGUGUAAAUAAGUAUGCUGAUCUAUUGCAUCAUGAAUUCGCCAACAUAAUGAACGGAUUUAACCGCAGCAAUUCGGAAGCCUCAACUGGUUUAAAUGAAAUCCGUAAAGAUAGAGGCGUGACAUUCAUUAGUCCAGCUAAUGUUAAACUACCAAAAUUAGUCGAUUGGAGAGAAUCAGGGGCUGUUACACCGGUCAAGGAUCAAGGACAUUGUGGAUCAUGCUGGUCAUUUUCCGCAACUGGUGCCUUAGAAGGUCAACACUUCCGUAAAACUGGAGUUUUGAUUUCGCUUUCCGAACAAAAUUUAGUUGAUUGUUCAACAUCAUAUGGAAACAAUGGUUGCAACGGUGGCCUCAUGGACCAAGCUUUUAGUUAUAUUAAAGACAAUGGUGGCAUCGAUACAGAGAUGUCCUAUCCCUAUGAAGGAAUCGAUGACUCUUGCCACUUCGAUAAAGCGAAGAUUGGUGCUACCGAUAAAGGAUUCGUUGACAUUCCUGUUGGAGAUGAAGUGAAGCUCAUGGAAGCAAUCGCCACCAUCGGUCCAGUAUCAGUUGCCAUUGAUGCAUCGCAUGAAUCAUUCCAAUUCUACAAUGAAGGCGUAUAUAACGAAACCGCUUGUGAUUCUGAGAACUUAGAUCAUGGUGUACUUGCUGUUGGUUAUGGCACCGAUGAGGAUGGCACCGAUUAUUGGUUGGUGAAAAACUCAUGGGGAACCACCUGGGGAGAUAAGGGUUACAUCAAGAUGAUACGUAACGAAAACAACCAAUGUGGUAUUGCUACAUCUGCCAGUUAUCCAAUGGUGUAAUAAUUAAGUAUCACCCUAAUUAAUUUAAUCUUUAUUUUCAUGUAUGUAUGUACCUAUGUUUUCUCUUCAAUAAGACUUGAAAAUUAAAAAAAAAAAAAUGUAAUUUUAAAAAA